AUGGCCGCAUCUCUCGUUUCGACCCUCUCGGGCGCCCUUCUUUUGUUUGGCAGUCUACCUGGGGCAUCUGCUGAACUCAAGAUCGGAUCCCGUGACGAAAUCGUCAAGUCUUCCGGCCAGAUUGCUAAAGACUUGUUUACUGUCUACCAAGGCGACAAGCCUGGUGCGGUUCCUGGUCUUCUUCCCGGACCUCCAACCGAUGGAAAAGGCGACUUUUACUGGAUCCAUGGCGCUAGCUUCUUUUCUACCUACCUCGACUACCAGCAUUGGACCGGGGACGAUUCCUAUCAGGCCAGCAUCAUCAAGGCUCUGACGCAUCAAGUUGGCCCUCGCAAUGAUUACUUACCUCCCAAUAUCACGGCAACGGUCGGAAACGACGACCAGUGCUUCUGGGGCUCGGCCGCGCUCCUCGCUGCGGAGUACCAGCUGCCAAAGGGAGAUGGUAUCCCGGCUUGGAUUGACGUAGCGAAGAACGUAUGGGAAACUCAGGCUUCGCCGGACCGUCACGAUGACACCUGUGACGGCGGACUGCGCUGGCAGAUUCCCCCUUCUAACAACGGUUACAACUGGAAGCAAACAACCUCUAACGGAUGCUUUCUCAGCAUGGGCGCUCGUCUUGCCAGGUUCACGGGCAAUGCAACCUACGCUGAAUACGCGGAGAAGACAUGGGACUGGUUGAACACUGUCGGCUUCAUCGACAACAAGACCUCUGCUGUUUACGACGGUGCUCACACAGAAACCAACUGCACCGACAUCAGCAAGAUUCAGUUCUCUGUGAACGCCGCAAUCCUGACCGAGGGAGCCGCGUUCAUGUACAACUUUACCAACGGCUCCGACGUCUGGCGCCAACGCACGGAAAAGCUCGCCGACUCUCUUCUGAAGACCUUCUUCCCCAAGGGCAUCGCCUACGAAGUGGCUUGCGAGUCCGAGCAGGGUCGCUGCACCAUCGACCACCUCUUCAUGAAGGGCUACCUGCACCGCUGGUUGUCCGUCGCCACCCAAGUGGCUCCUUUCCUCUCAGAAAAGGUGCUUCCCGUCCUCAAAUCGUCCGCUGAGGCCGCCGCCAAGCACUGCCAGGGUGACGCUGGCGCGACUACUUGCAGCUUCUACUGGAGCGAGGCCCAGUUUGUCGACCCCAAGAAAGCCGAUGAUAGCACCGGUGUUGCCGAGAGAUCGAGCGCUCUGUCUGCCAUCUCAGGCUUGCUCAUCAAAGACGCCAAGGCUCCCGUGACCGAGAAGACGGGAGGUAGCAGCAGCAGUGGUAACUCUGCCAGCUCUGGCUCCGCUACGGGUUCUGCCGCGGGAGCUUCUGGUUCCGCCUCUCCCGCAACGGCGCCCUCUGCUGCGGGUAACUUUGGCGUCAACAUGAAGAUGUCAUUGCUCGUCAGUGCCUUGGCGGCUUUUGCCUGGGCUCUCUAA